UCUCCUCCAUAGCUGUAGUGGGUCCCACCAAACCCCCAAAACCCAUUCCAUUUUCUUUCUCUUUCUCUCUUUAUCUUCUCUAUUUAUUUAUAUUUUGCUUCUCAAUCAAAUUAACACCCCCACAACAACAACAACAACAACAAAGCCAUAUAAUAGUCUAGUCUCUCUUCUUCUUCUCUACUACCAAACGACACUAAAUUCCAAAAACGACAUUAAAUGAGAUAUGGUGGGACUGAGUAUAUUAUUGGAAGGUCAUCAACAUGAGCAGAGUAGUAGUAGUGUUAAUAAUAAGAGCAAUAAGAGUAGAAGUAGUUGUAGUAGUAGUGGUAGUGGUAAUAGGAGUAGUAAUAGUCCUCAAGUUAUUAACAAAAUCACCAUGAUCAACACAAAUCAAUCUCCUUCUUCUUCUUCUUCUUCUUUUGUUUACAGAAACUUUGCUUCGGUUUCCUCUGUUCAAACUCCAACUUUUCUGGACCAUUGUUUUCUCUGCAAGCAGAAACUUUUGCCCGGUAAAGACAUCUACAUGUACAAAGGAGACAAGGGUUUUUGCAGCGUGGAGUGCAGAGGAAGACAGAUUUUUAUGGACGAAGAAGAAAAUCUUUUCAAGAACAACUGUUCAUUGUCUUCCAUGAAACCCUCCUCUUCUUCAUCAUCAUCAUCUUCAUCUUCUUCUGGUUCUCGGCACCGGAAAGGCACGGCUGGAAACUAGAGAGUAAAAAAAAAGCCAGUUAUAAAAAUUGGUUUUUUACUCUUUCUUUUUUGCACUUUAAACCUGUUUUGACGGUUUUACCCUCGGUUGAUUUUGUAAUGACUGUAAUGCCCUUUGCCUCCUACUAUGAAGACAAAAGAGUCCUUUAACUUGUUUAUUUUGGUGUAUGGAGAUUUUGGGGUUGGCCUCCUCAAUCCUCAUCAUCGUGUAAUCUCUGUGGGUUCCCCCAUUCCCAUAGUUUAAUUAUCAGAAAAACAAGAGAAAAGUUAAAAAUGAUUUUAACCUUUUUUUUUUGUAACGGUUCAAAGGGCAUGUAUGGUAUUUUAUUGUAUGCUUAAUGAGAAUUAAGUGUAGUUGUUUAUUAAUUAA